GCAGUUGAGCCGUUGUACCAGAUCCCUGAGCUCGAACCCCGAGCGCCGGCAGUUAACGCAGUGGCCUCGAAGCUGUAACAACAUCUCGCGUCCGCUCGAUCCGCUCCGCCACAAAAGAAAAAAAAAAAACAAAUAUAAAUAACUCUCGUGAAACGUGUUAUCGCGACCCGUUCCAUGAUAAGGUUCUACGAGUAUUCUACGAGUAUACUUUACAAGGUGUAUCGGUAUCACGGUAGCAACAUUCGCCGUCGGCCAAAAGUGAACUGUUAUCGAAUGUGCUAAUCAAAACGAAAAAUGUUGCAAACGCUUGCAAAUUGAUCUACAUCUCGGAUAUGCGAAUUUACACUGGUUAUUAAUAGUUAUUAACAAUAGCUGGCAUAGAAUAUCAUAUUAUAUUAGCUUCGUAUGCAGACGGCGGCUUUUGUGGGGCACUUGCCAAACUCUUGAUCAAGUCGUCGUCGUCGUCAUUAUCUAUUCUAUAUCCUCAAUACUGGCUGCGAUUGGGCUCGAUUCCCAGGCUAAAGCUGGCGACAGAAUUUCGUGCAAAAGACUUGGAUUAAAAACCGCCAAAAUUGUGGAGGCAAUUAAAAUGAAGACUGAGCUGCGUUCCUGCGCAGCGUGUGGGGAACCAAUCUCGGAUCGGUUCUUCCUGGAGGUCGGCGGCUGCUCCUGGCACGCCCACUGCCUCCGCUGCUGCAUGUGCAUGUGCCCCCUGGACCGCCAGCAGUCCUGCUUCAUCCGCGAGCGGCAGGUCUACUGCAAAGCCGACUACAGCAAAAACUUCGGCGCCAAGUGCUCGAAGUGCUGUCGCGGCAUCUCCGCCUCGGAUUGGGUGCGUCGGGCGAGGGAGCUGGUCUUCCACCUGGCCUGCUUCGCCUGCGAUCAGUGUGGACGCCAGUUGUCCACCGGCGAGCAGUUCGCCCUCAUGGAGGACCGGGUGCUCUGCAAGGCUCAUUAUCUGGAGACGGUCGAGGGUGGCACCACAUCGAGCGACGAGGGCUGUGAUGGCGAUGGUUAUCACAAGAGCAAGACGAAACGGGUGCGCACCACCUUCACCGAGGAGCAGUUGCAAGUGCUGCAGGCCAACUUCCAGAUUGACAGUAAUCCGGAUGGCCAGGAUCUGGAGCGGAUCGCCUCGGUGACCGGUCUCAGCAAGCGUGUGACGCAAGUGUGGUUCCAGAAUUCGCGGGCGCGUCAGAAAAAACACAUACAUGCUGGUAAGAAUAAAAUACGCGAACCGGAAGGAAGCUCAUUUGCGCGUCAUAUUAACCUGCAGUUAACGUAUUCAUUUCAGAAUAACGCUCAAAAUCCAAUGCAUAUGAACGGCUCUAAAGCGGGUCUAUACCCGACUCAUGAAUCCUCCAUGGAUGAAUUGUCGCAGGACUCUAGUGUGCAUUGUAUGCCCAGCGAGGUGUGACUGGAGCAAUCCUCGCCAGCUCGCGCCCACCGCUAGCUGGCUGGGUACCCACAAAACGUCCUUUCCUAGUCAAAAUUUAAUGCAAAAUGCGUCCACGAAGCAGAAAAUCACAAAAGCAGCCUCUCAAGAGGAAAAUCGAUGAAAAGAAAACCCCCAUCAUACAAGGCAGUCCCAGUUUUUAGGCUUUGAGCAACCCAAGCGAACCAACCAUCGCCAUCAUCACAGUGAAAUCUCAUCAAAAAAGACACAGCAAACAAACAAACAAACAGACAUUCCUGCAUUGUAGUCUAAGAAACUGCGGUUUAGUUAAUUUAAUUUAAAUGAAAUUUAAAUUUAAUUUAGUUUAAUGUUCAGUAAUCGAUAAGUGUUUCCCCAUCAUUCAACUCGAAGAUUGAUAACUGCUUGCCAAGGCUCCUGUAAUAUAUUUAUGCGUAUGCCUAACCAAUCAUUGUCGUAUACCUACCAUGAGAAACGUUGUUAUUGUUUAUUUUCUUGUUUUCUAAAUGUAUAAAAAAUCGAUAUAAAUAUAAAUAUAUUUAGAUCUAUAGACCGUAUCCUAAACAUAGCUGGCCAGGCAAUUUGUAUAUAGUAAUGAUAGCCGAAAUUGAUAAGCAACGCAGAAAACAGUAAAUGAGAAGAAACUACACAGCUAAAAACUAACAUUUAGUUAACAAAAAUUAUAAAAAUACAAUUAAAGAUGAACCGAAAUCAAUUAAAAGAAAGAAAAACAAAUUAA